UCCGGAAGUUAUUUUGUUCUUAAUGAAGUCCAUCCCCCAUCUGGGGGCUCCUUUCAGCGAUAUAUCUAGCUAACGCAUAGGCGAUCCAACGGAGGCUGUCUCUACUGAUGAAGACAAUGAUUACAUUUUACAAAUAUUCAAAAAAGCUGGACUAAAAUUUCUUUUCGUGCAUGAAGAGCGUGACUCUGCUGCAGACCGCCACAGCCUGAAGCCAUCCUGCCAAAUCUGGAGACCAUGUCUGGAGCCUACGACGAGUCCGCCAGCCAGGAGGAGACCACAGACAGCUUCUGGGAGGUUGGCAACUACAAACGUACAGUGAAGCGGAUUGACGAUGGUCACCGGCUCUGCAACGACCUGAUGAACUGCAUCCAGGAGCGUGCCAAAAUCGAGAAAGCCUACGCACAGCAACUGACCGAGUGGUCCAAGAGGUGGAGGCAGCUGGUAGACAAAGGGCCUCAGUACGGCACAGUAGAGCGAGCUUGGAUGGGGGUGAUGACGGAGGCAGAGAAGGUGAGCGAGCUUCACCAGGAAGUGAAAAACAACCUGAUGAACGAGGACUUUGAGAAGGUAAAGAACUGGCAGAAAGACUUGUACCACAAACAGAUGAUGGGAGGAUUCAAGGAAACCAAAGAGGCAGACGAGGGCUUCAAGAAGGCCCAGAAACCCUGGGCCAAAAAGCUAAAAGAGCUCGAGGCUGCCAAAAAGUCCUACCACAUGGCCUGCAAAGAGGAGAAGCUGGCGUCCAUCAGAGAGGCCAACAGUAAGGGAGAGGCCUCUGUGACCGCUGACCAGCAGAAGAAACUCCAGGAGAAAGUGGACAAGUGCAAACAGGACUCACAGAAGGCCAAGGAGAAGUAUGAGAAGGCUCUGGAUGAGCUGAGUAAGUGCACUCCACAUUACAUGGAAAACAUGGAGCAGGUGUUCGAUCAGUGCCAGCAGUUUGAAGAGAAGAGGCUGAGCUUCCUCAGGGAGGUGCUGUUGGACGUCAAACGCCACCUCAACCUCACAGAAGACCAAAGCUAUGCUACAGUGUACAGAGAACUUGAACGUUCCAUCACAUCGUCCAGCCCGCAGGAAGAUCUGAAGUGGUUCAGCAACACCCACGGCCCCGGCAUGCAUAUGAACUGGCCACAGUUUGAGGAAUAUAACCCAGACCAUACCCAUAACAUCUCGAAGAAAGAAAAGUCAAAGAAAGGCAGCGAUGGCGUCAUGCUGACUAAUGUCACAACAGGAGUGGACCACGCUCAAGCUGGAGACCGGGGAAGUGUCAGCAGCUACGAGAAGAACCAGGCGUACACGGCCUCCACAGAGUGGUCGGACGAUGACCAGACAGCCCCAGACUCGGGCAACGACACCAACGGAGGGCCGAACCCCUUCGACGACGAUGUGGGCAAAGGCGUGAGAGUGAGAGCGCUGUACGACUACGAAGGCCAAGAGCAGGACGAGCUCAGCUUCAGAGCAGGUGACGAGCUGAUGAAGCUGGAGGACGAGGACGAACAGGGCUGGUGUAAAGGUCGCCUAGACAACGGGCAGCUGGGUCUUUACCCAGCCAAUUAUGUGGAGCCGAUGUAGCUGUUCCAGCUGAGGACGCUUGCCUCGUCAGAGGGCAAACCCAGACUGAACCGUCCAGUCAUAACUGCACAUUGCCAGAGACUUGAAAGCAAAGCUUCCUCUUCCCGUCGGGCACAGUGAGCUGUCUUCAUCUCAGCACUCAUCACAGAGAAGACUUUACUGUUCAGGAUCACAUCAUCAUCCAAACACUGCAACACAAACACUGCAAACACUGAAGCAAAUUAUUUUAGUCUCUUAUGUGUGGAGCUGUGUGUGAUUCCAGAUGUGACGCUAACAUGCCAUAUAGUAUGUUCUCUCAUCAUAAUAUUGAUAUGGUAUUGUCAGUUGUGCCUGGAUAGGGAGAAUAUGCUAUGCAUUGUGCAUUUCAUGUACAUAUAUAUAUAUAUUUUUUUUUUUUUUUACAGUUUUUUUCCCUCAUUGACUACAGUGUUUUCUUUUCUCUGUGAAAUAUUUACAUGUUAGCAUUAAAGGAAUAGUUUGCCAUUUUAGGGGGAAUGCACUUAUUUGCUUUCUUUCUCCUGAGAGUUAGAUCGAUACUCCUCUCAUGUCUGUACAGUAAAUAUGAAGCUACAGCCAGGACCAGGUUAGCUUAGCUUAGCAUAGCAUAAAGACUGGAAACAGGGAGAAACAGCUAGCCUGGCUCUGUCUGAAGGGAACAAAAUCCACCCACCAGCACCUCUAAAGCUCACUAAUUAACACGUUAUAUCUCCUUUGUUUAAUCUGGAGAGUGGGAGGCUCACAGUGUCAGACUUUGAAAAAUGGGCCACUUAGUGGCAUGACACGUUAAUAACAAAUAUCAUAUUACCAUAGUAAUAGCAGUUUUUGGGAGUCAUUGUCUCUGGCCAAGAAAGAGUUACAGCACACAACCCCCAUAAAACCACAACUUGUAAUGUUUUUGUACCAAUUACACAAACAAGAUUUAAACAAAGAUACAAUAUGUUAUUCAGUGAGCUUCAGAGACAGAGGGAGGCUAGCUUCUUCUCCUGCUUUGUGUCUUUAUGCUAAGCUAAGUAGCUGCUGGCUCUGGCUUCAUAUGUAGUGCACAAACACAAGAGUGGUAUCAAUCUUCUCUUCUAACUGCAAAAAAAAAAAAAAACCUGAAUAAGAAAAUCUCAAACUUUUCCUUUGAUGUAUUUUGUUGUUUUCUUGCUGCUCUCCGUAGCAUGUCACUGAAUUAGCAUUUUAAACCGAGAUAAAAGACAGCUCACCAUCAGUAAAAUAAAACAUACACAUUCACUUAGCAGAGCGUCUCAGUGCAAAAAUUGUUUACAUUGACCUCUGCUGUCCAACCCGACACUAAGAAGGUGCCUGUUAUAACUAUUCAUUUCAUUCAGUGUCUCCUCCUUUGUCUUUACGUGCAGACUGUGUUAAUAAUGCGGGCACCCUGAACAAAACCUGCCUGGAAAAUAAGCUUAAUUUUGAAAAAUUGUUUAUUUAUUUCUGCAGUUAAUGAGACUUGUUUUCUAUGAGUGAAUGUCAGUGACUUGGCAUUAUCAGCUUCCAGCUCUUAUCAGCUGGUGAUUAUGUGCUUGCUAAUGCUCCCACACACUGUUUAUCGCUCUGAUCCAGUGCAUGGCCUCAAUUUGUUUCCACCACAUUAUUAACAGUUUCUUGAUUGAAUUAAAACUCUGAUCGGGAUAAUGAUGAUGCUAUUGGUUUGCAACUUAGUCCUUAUUGGUUUCACUGUGUACCAAACUACAGGCUGUGAUAAAUAUACACAUCUUUAAAGUUAAGUGUUUUUGUUUGAAUCAGAAAAUCUAACUUUAUACAAUCAAAAAAAUAGGAGUGCAUGUGGCAGUACAGCACAUUGGUGGGUUGCUGCUGUUAACCAGGGGUGUUGGUGAAAACUACACCCUUGUCGAUGAAGAAGGUGGGUGUUCUCUUACUGAUGCAGACAGAGAAGAGCAGUGCAACAAGCGCUGCACAAAAUAGCAGAAAGAGGAUCCAUCUCUGAAAUAUUGAUGAGACAUUUGCCUUUUCUGCUGCAAGAGAGUUAAUUUUGAAAAGAUCCAGGAAGGAAAUGUCUCUUGUGCCGUGUUUGUGCUUCUGUAUGCUUGUAAAACAAUGUUGCUCCUUGUAAGCACUGGAUUAGGAGGGGUGAAAUAAAUAUUGAAUCGCCAGAAUCUACCACCCUGCCACAUCCAAGGUCUCUCAACCAUCGUGUUUAACAAAGUGAAAGAGAGCUCGCUUCCACAGAAUCUGACUCCUGCUUCUCCAGCUCAGUUUUCACUGACACAACACACAGGCCCUCUGUCUUGACUGAUCAUAUGAAUUUGAAGAUUUCAGCGUGUUUGAACUGUAUUUGAAACAGAAUUGGACUGUUAACAAGUGUACUGUUAAAGUGUGUAAAAGCUAUAAAUGCGGCAUCCACUGUGAAACUCCUGUGAUACGCUGAAGGAUGGUAAAUCUUUUUUUUUUAUUUUUUUUUUUUAUACUCAAAUGCUUCUUUCUCUUCUGUCUGAAAACAUUGAUCUGCAAUGUUGAGGAAAACUCUUUAUAGAGGGCUUUUUUUUUUUUAGCAUAGUACUGUCAUUUCCAAACUGUAGUGCCUGUUCAUCUGCAUACGCUAAAAUAAAAGACGUCAUCAGAAAACU